AUGUUCUUCAAGUCACCUGUGGAUAUUGAAAUACAGUUAGAUGGUGAAGAAACCAGGAAGCAUGUGGAUGUGACAAAUACUAGCAACUCCAAGACUCUUAAGGAGAGUUAUCCGUUGUUCGAAGAUGGGGAAUCUAUUAGUGGUAAUAUUACCAUGAGAGUUCGAGAUGGUAGGAGAGUUGAGCAUUUGGGGGUGAAAGUGUCAGUGAUAGGGUCAAUUGAUAUGGUCAAUGGUGUUGGAUCUGGGAAAUCUAAUUCACAGUCUUCUUUUGGUACGAGUACGGAUGUUAAUAAGAAAUGUGUUGACCAAUUUUUAACACUGAGUUACGACCUUUGUCCACCUGGUGAACUACAACAUACAAAGACAUUCCCUUUUCUGUUCAAAGACAUAAACAAACAGUAUGAGUCCUAUACCGGCAAAAAUGUUGACGUGACAUACGCUGUGAAAGUCACAGUAAUUAGGAAGUCCGCAGAUGUGUCAAAAAUGAAAAGGCUUUGGGUUUAUCUAUAUAACGACCUUUCGAAGCCCAUUAUUGAAAACACCAAUCUGAUUAAUACAGAUACUUCAGAAGGAGAGAACAGUGACAAAAACAAAGUUGAAGCGUUCAAAAAACCAGUUAAGCUUGAUAUUGGUAUUGAAAACUGUUUACAUAUUGAAUUCGAGUACUCGAAAGCUGAGUUUAGUUUGAAAGAUGUAAUAGUUGGUAGAAUAUACUUUUUGUUAACAAGACUUAAAAUAAAGCAUAUGGAAAUAAGUCUAAUAACUAGAGAGUCUGCUGGUAUUCAUACCGGAAAUACACUGACCGAUACUACAGCAGUACGAUAUGAAAUAAUGGAUGGUUCUCCAGUAAAAGGAGAGACUAUUCCGAUAAGACUAUUUUUAGGCGGAUAUAGCCUAACGCCUACAAUGUCCAAUAAUCAAUUCAAUGUCAAGAACUAUUUAAGCUUGGUAAUAAUUGAUGAGGAUGGGAGAAGAUACUUUAAGCAAUCGGAAAUCAUAUUGUACAGGACAAGACAAUAG